AUGGGAAAGGUGAUGGGCAGGUACUUCGACGAGAGGGGGAAGAUGACCGCUUACGGGAAGCAGGUGGAGCGGUGGAUUCGAGAGGCGAAAGCAGCGGAGGAGCUGCAGGACGCGCGAGCCUUCCCCCCGUGUCACUCCGAGUGGAAGCAGGGGCAGCCGCCCCGGGUAUGGUGCGCCCAGAGGAACGGAGGCAUCGUUCGAGACUGGGCGGGAGUCCCACGGAAGGUGGACACGCCCGGAGGAGGCACGCGAUGCGUGUGCGUGAGGGACACCGGGACGCCCACCCACCGAUACGCCGGCGCGGACGACCGCGGCGACCUGGAGAAUCCCCGCCUAAAGGAAUACGAGAACUGCGAUCCGGCUUCCCCUUCGUGCCUCCUCCCUCCUGCCUAGACGUGUGAUUCGUGAUUAAAGUACUCAGAAAGACGAUAUUCUGCUUUCCGGCCAUGGCAUCCUCGGAAAUACCAUGCGUUUUUUCAUCAUUUCAUCAUUUUCAUUGCCUUCCUGGAAGACGUCAGAACGCUCGGAUUUUGAUUGAGUAGUCAAAACAUGAAUUACCCACGAAUUGCCGUUACAUCCCUCAUUUUGAUUUAUUUAUGAUUCUACUUUCGUCGAAAAUCUGGAGUGUUAUUGCGAGUCAGGGAUUAAGAACGAAACGUGAAUUUCAUUUUUUUAUGAAUUUCAUAUUUUACUCCCAGCUCCGUCGUUCCGUUGCCAGCCAUUCAGACAAGUUGACGCUGCGGUGAUGUCCGGAGGGUUCACUCGUUCUUCACAAUUUCCCCCAUCGAGUUGAUGAUAUGGGUCCCCAGGGAAGUUCCCAAGAAAAAUAAAGCCUACACAAAUCAUAACUGUCCAGAGACUUGAUGCUUCGUUUGGAACAUACAGAUAAAAUCUUGCCGCACAGAUGUAACUCUG